GUUAAAUGUUGGGAUCAAACAAGAAUCGUGUUGAAAUGGCCGCACAAUAACCCGAAUGAUUUCAUCCACGCAAAUUGGGUUAAGCACAGUAAUCUCGAGAACGUUUUCAUUUGCUGUCAAGGACCAACCAAGAAAACAGUUGUUGACUUUUGGCGAAUGAUAUGGCAAGAACGCGUUAAAGAAAUAAUAAUGUUAUGUCAAGUGAAAGAAAAUAAUAAAGAAAAAUGUUACCAGUAUUGGCCAAAAGAGGUUGGCGACAAGAUGACCGUUGCUCGGCUGACUUUAUCGGCAAUCGUCGUGUGCAGAAAGGAUCCAGAUUAUAUACAAACAAAAAUCGAAAUUCAGCAUGGAAAAGAGAGUCGUCGCGUUCAGCACCGUCAGUGGACAACAUGGCCAGAUAGAACUGUACCGAGAAGCUCAUUAACACCAUUCUAUCUGUUACGUCAUGCUCGCAAACACCCAAAAUAUCCAACCGUUGUUCAUUGUUCAGCCGGGGUUGGACGUUCUGGAACUCUUAUUAUGAUCGAAAUUUUGUAUGGUGCUUUGAAACGUGGCCUUAAACCAGAUUUUAAACAGUAUCUGCGAGAGACCGAGGAGCAGUAUGUGUACGCACAUUAUGUGGUGCUGCAAUAUUUAUGGCUUAAUAGAGUCGUUUGUGCUGAAGAUAUUAAAGGCUUUACAAACGAAUAUUUGAAUUAUGUUCGACUUCUGAAGAAUACAGCUGGUGUCUUACCAUUCAACGCUACCUCGUACCCUGCUUCCGGUAGCACGAUAGCUAAGUGCAAACCAAGAUUUACAAACGAAUAUUUGAAUUAUGUCCGACUUCUGAAGAGUGCAGCCGGUGUCUUACCAUUCAAUGCGACCUCGUACCCUGCUUCCGGUAGCACGAUAGCUAAGUGCAAACCAAGUCCAUCCAAAAAAACAGUGGACAAGUACGAAAUGGCUAAUAGCAGCAGUGAGAUUGAAACACGGAAAUCGUCGCAUCAUCAUGAACGAUUAUCGAAAUCUGAACGCGCGCAUGAAUCUAGUGACCGCCGAGGUGCACACAAACAUCUUAAACGAGCGCACGAAAUCAAUAGGCUAAAGCAGGAAAAUCAUAGAGUAUUAGUAACUUCAAGUGGAGUUCCUCCCCAACGAUUUGUCUCCCAAACGGUAGACAAGACGGUUACUCCAAAGGUUCGACCGCCGGGUCAACAACAGCUGCAAAAAUCACCGGAAAAAUUACGACUCACCAAGAUGAAUGCUAACCAACGGAUCACUAAAUUCAAACAAACAGUUCAAACAGUUCAAACCGCAGAUGAACCGAUUGUACCAGAUGAGGAACACAUACAAGUUCUUGAAACACCUGAACCGCAACUGAAUGUUGUUAGAGUCCCAUUGCACGCGUAUCCUCGACCUCCUGUUCCCAAUAUCCCUCAGCCUCAAGAUUCACCUGAAUCUUGCAAUCCUGCUAUUAUUCUGCCUCCUGAUGCAGCCGGCUUUCCACGUCAAGGGGCUUCUAAGGGUCUGCUUAAAAAUGGACAGAAUCAUCAAAAAAUCAUCUACACCCCACGAUUAUCUUACACUGUAAAGCCAGCCGAUGCAAGGGGAACUGAAUACUUUUAUAAGCUGAAUGCAGCAUCAAAAUAUGUGACGGCAACUGAAGCAAAACUUGAUCAACUCCGGCAACAAGCGAAGAAUGCAACAGCUGAACCAAAGAAGGAUACAGUUCAAGAGCAACAAAAUUAG